AUCUCCAUAUCCCUCCUGUUUUAUUUACUUUCCCCUUUUCUUUAGAUCCUACACCUCCAAUAUGUCUCCCUCUUCGUAUUCUUUUCUGUUUUUUCUCGCCGUCUCUUUGUCUUUCCUUGCCUAUUCAGGGUUCGCUCGAGACUCAAUCGUGGGUUAUGCCCCAGAAGACUUGACCUCCAAUGAUAAGCUCAUUGAUCUUUUCGAAUCAUGGAUAUCGAGAUUUGGCAGAGUUUAUGAAAGCGUUGAAGAGAAGUUGGAGAGAUUUGAGAUUUUUAAAGACAACUUGUUCCAUAUUGAUGACACUAAUAAGAAGGUCAGAAACUACUGGCUUGGGUUGAAUGAGUUUGCAGAUUUGAGUCAUGAAGAGUUCAAGAACAAGUAUUUGGGAUUAAAACCUGACUUGUCUAAGAGGGCACAAUGCCCUGAAGAAUUCACUUAUAAGGAUGUCGCCAUUCCCAAAUCUGUUGACUGGAGAAAGAAAGGUGCUGUUACUCCUGUCAAGAACCAAGGUUCAUGUGGUAGUUGCUGGGCAUUUUCUACUGUAGCCGCAGUUGAGGGCAUAAAUCAGAUCGUUACAGGAAAUUUGACAUCUUUAUCAGAGCAAGAGCUGAUCGAUUGUGACACUACCUACAAUAAUGGCUGCAAUGGAGGACUUAUGGAUUAUGCAUUUGCCUACAUUGUCGCUAACGGUGGACUCCAUAAGGAAGAAGAUUACCCAUAUAUCAUGGAGGAGGGAACCUGUGAUAUGAGGAAGGAAGAAUCGGAUGCAGUAACCAUUAGUGGGUACCAUGAUGUGCCCCAAAACAGUGAAGAGAGCCUGUUAAAGGCACUUGCAAAUCAGCCCCUCAGCAUAGCUAUUGAGGCUUCUGGUAGAGACUUCCAGUUUUAUAGUGGGGGUGUUUUUGAUGGUCAUUGUGGGACUGAGCUGGAUCAUGGAGUGGCAGCCGUUGGAUAUGGAACAAGCAAGGGCUUGGAUUACAUCAUAGUCAAGAAUUCCUGGGGACCUAAAUGGGGAGAAAAGGGCUACAUAAGGAUGAAGAGAAAAACUAGCAAGCCUGAAGGAAUCUGUGGAAUCUACAAAAUGGCUUCUUAUCCCACUAAAAAGAAGUGAUUAUAUAUGGAUAUGGUUCCCAUUUCUACAUUUUUCUUUUCCUCUUCAGCUGUUCCCAUUUUUAUAUGGGUGAAACCAUGUAAAAUCACUUGAUGUCUUUUUUUUUUAUUUAAAUAAUUUGCCACAUGCUUUUGUCUAA